UACAUCCUUUCGGGCUCUGACGACUUCAAUUUGUAUAUGUGGAGGAUUCCUCCAGAUCCAGAAGCAGGUGGCAUCGGCAGGGUUGUCAAUGGUGCUUUUAUGGUAUUGAAAGGUCAUCGGUCAAUUGUAAACCAAGUGCGGUUUAAUCCUCACACUUACAUGAUCUGUUCUUCUGGUGUUGAAAAGAUUAUAAAGAUCUGGAGUCCUUACAAGCAGCCUGACUGCACAGGGGAUCUGGAUGGUAGAAUUGAGGAUGAUUCACGUUGCCUCUACACUCAUGAAGAGUACAUCAGUCUUGUGUUGAACAGUGGUAGUGGUUUGUCCCAUGAUUAUGCCAACCAAUCAGUCCAGGAAGAUCCACGGAUGAUGGCCUUUUUUGACUCCCUGGUGCGCCGGGAGAUCGAGGGCUGGAGUUCUGACUCAGACAGCGACCUCAGUGAGAGCACAAUCCUGCAACUCCAUGCAGGAGUAAGUGAACGCUCCGCUUACAGCGAGUCAGAGUCGUCCGCCUCUCUGCAUCACUCCCCACCACAUGCAGCUGAAGAGUCUGAUGAAACUGCCUAUAACUUAAGGGCCUUAAGAUCAACUGAAUCCCCCUCAGCCAGAGAAGAUGUGGCUUCCCGUCAGCAGAGGCUCUCUGCGCUGAGAAAGUAUCAGGAUAAACGUCUCCUGGCCCUUUCCAAUGAGUCUGACUCUGAUGACAAUACCUGUGAGGCGGAACUAGAUACAGACCUUUUCCCACGGCCACGGUCCCCGAGUCCUGAGGAGAAUGAAUCCAGCAGUUCCAGCAGCAGCAACAGUACAGAAGACGAAGAGGAACUGAAUGAACGACGCACAUCUAUGAGGCAACGAAAUGCACUGAGGCACCGACAGAAGGUGCAAAAAGAGGAAAGGACUAGCACUAACACAGAGAAUGUGACCCCCUACAUAGGUGAGGACAUCUAUGAUUACCCCCAGAUCAAAGUAGAUGAUCUUUCUUCUUCUCCAGCUUCUUCACCAGAAAGAAGUUCAGCCAACAAAGAAGUUCUCAAAGAAAGGACAUCUCCUUGUUCAGACAGUGAAUCAGUGGAGAGAAAGAUUUACAAAGCUUACAAAUGGCUUCAUUAUUCUUAUAUAUCAUAUUCAGCUAGUAAAGAUGGUGAAUCCUCCAGAGGAGAUGGGGAGAAUGAUGAAGGGAAGCCAGGAACUAGUGGAAGGCACAGUACAGCACACUCACUAAGUAAGGAAGAUGCUAGGAGCUUGAGUUCAGUAAUUCCUCAAGGUUCCUCAGCUCUUCCUACUGAAAGCCACAACAAAGAAACUUUGAAGGAGUGUGGCUUGAAAGAAAAUUCUAGUAAUGGUCAAGCUCAUGAAUGUGACAAUCAGCGGUGGAUGGAUGGUCAAGAAAACACAUCUGAAGACACUAGCAGUGGAGGUAUAGAGCAUUCUUUUGAGAAUAAAAAGCUCAAUGGGAAAGCUAACUGCAAAGGGCUAAAGAGUUGUGCUGAAGAACCUUGCAUUCAGACUGCAGGACUUGUGGAACAGAAAAAUAGUCAGAACUGUCAACCAGCAUCAAGCCAUCACUCAUUGGUCCCUCCAUUCUCUGCUGUUGCCAUCUGUAGCAUGUCGGGUCACUGCUCUAGAAACCAGACUGAUGACAGUGAGGAGAGGAGCCUUGACACCUCCUGUGUUAACCACAACAACGGCCACUUGCAUCUUCGCCCUUCAUGCCUCAACAAUGGACAGAGUUUUGGAGAGCAGGAGACUGUGACGCAAGGACUACAGGUGCACUCAAAUGCUGAUAAUGGCAGCCUUGCACAGAUGGGUGUGACCUUGCACAAAGACUGCUGCCUGUCUGAAAUGGACUCCAACAGCUACAAUGUGAGCACAAGAGAGGAUACUGCUGACUUGCAUCCUGCAGGCAGUGAGAGCACUCAAUCUCUCGGAGGACUGAAAAGACACAGAGCGGAGUUGGAAGAUGCAGAUUCAGAGAGUUCAUCCUUAGAAAAGAAGUUAAAAACAUGA